GAAACGUACAACGCAUUCGCCAACGCGGAAUAAGCGGUUAGCAUUUUUAGCCGAGACGGUCUGAACUUAAACAUACUAAAGAAUGAGAAUUUACAACAAUUAACUGUCAAGGGGUGUAACUAAGGGAUAUCUCGUUAUAUCUAAAAGAUUUAUAUACUUGUAUUACCAUCUUAAACCUUUCAUUUUCACCCUGCACCCGGUUCUGGUUAGCAUUAGCAGCUAACAACAGCCUGCAGGAUAGUGUGUACUUAUAUGCGUGCACGAUUUAAGUUGCUUUUCAGCAAACCGUGUAUGUUUGUAAUAUUUUUAUAACAUCUAUAACCUUUUUAGCCUGGCUCUUGAAUUUUCGUGCGACAGAAACGGCUAUACAGGCUAUAUAGUAGUGAAAUAGCGCGUUAGCUAAAGGAGCCGAGUCGAUUCACAACAGCAUAAUGUCCGAUUUUGAUGAGUUUGAGAGACAGCUGUCUGAAAACAAACAAGGUGACAGUCUAAAUGGUCACGAGCGGGAUAAAGAGAACCGGCAUCGCCGGCGCAGUCCGUCGCGCAGCCGGAGCCGAGAGAGGAAGAGGAGGAGCAGAAGCAGGGAGAGGAGGAGCAGGGAGCGUCGCAGUGAUAGCAGAGACCGCCGUCGUAGACGCAGUGAUCAUACACAGAACCAACCCCAAGAAAAUGUCAGCCGUUCACCUCACCGUGAGAAAAAGAAGAUUAAAAUUAAGAAGUACUGGGAUGUGCCACCUCCAGGCUUUGAGCAUAUUACACCCUUGCAGUACAAAGCCAUGCAAGCGGCUGGUCAGAUCCCUGCCACUGCCUUACUGCCAACCAUGACGCCGGACGGCCUGGCAGUGACGCCGACCCCAGUGCCUGUAGUGGGCAGUCAAAUGACUCGCCAGGCUCGCAGACUUUACGUUGGCAACAUCCCAUUUGGCAUCACAGAGGAAUCGAUGAUGGACUUUUUCAAUGCUCAGAUGAGGCUUGGCGGACUAACUCAGGCUCCGGGAAAUCCGGUCCUGGCCGUUCAGAUUAACCAAGACAAAAACUUUGCUUUCCUUGAGUUCCGAUCAGUGGAUGAGACCACACAGGCCAUGGCGUUUGAUGGCAUCAUUUUCCAAGGACAAAGUUUAAAGAUUCGCCGGCCACACGAUUAUCAGCCUUUACCUGGCAUGAGCGAGAACCCCAGCGUAUACGUGCCAGGUGUGGUGUCCACUGUUGUACCAGACUCGAUUCACAAGCUUUUCAUUGGAGGCUUGCCAAACUAUCUCAGCGACGACCAGGUUAAAGAGCUGUUAACCUCUUUUGGACCUCUCAAAGCCUUUAAUUUGGUGAAAGACAGUGCAACAGGGCUCUCAAAGGGCUAUGCCUUCUGUGAAUAUGUGGAUGUUAAUGUGAAUGAUCAGGCAAUUGCAGGACUGAACGGUAUGCAGUUGGCAGAUAAAAAGCUGCUGGUUCAGAGGGCAAGUGUAGGGGCCAAGAAUGCCACAAUGAUGAGUAUCAAUGAGACUCCAGUGACGUUGCAAGUUCCAGGAAUGAUAAGCAACCCCAUGGUGCAGAUGGGUGGUUCACCCACAGAGGUCCUCUGCCUGAUGAACAUGGUGGCUCCGGAGGAGUUGCUAGAUGAUGAAGAGUACGAAGAGAUCGUGGAGGAUGUCAAGGAAGAAUGCUCCAAAUACGGCCAGGUCAAAAGCAUAGAGAUCCCUCGGCCUGUUGAUGGGCUAGAGGUCCCUGGAACUGGAAAGAUCUUUGUGGAGUUCAUGUCCGUUUUCGACUCCCAGAAAGCCAUGCAGGGCUUAACAGGAAGAAAAUUCGCCAACCGUGUGGUGGUGACCAAAUACUGCGAUCCAGAUGCCUACCACCGCCGAGACUUCUGGUAGAGGCAUGAGGAAAAGAGAGCAAAAGAAAAGCGGAUGAAAUACCAGCUAUGUGAUGUUAGCUCAUAAAGAAAGAAAUUGAGGCAGAGAUGAUGAAGGGGGAACAUUUUUGUACUCAUAAAUAAGCCAAAAGGCGACAGUUAUAUUUUUUGUUUUGAGCGUUAAAUUAAAAGAAAAUUCGUGAGCAUUUAUGGGAGGGGUUUUUUCUUUUGCUUUUGUUUGUAUUUUAAGGACAUUAGCGGGAGAUAGCUUAUUAUUCUGUUAAUAAAACUGUCACUCUUUUUUAAUUGUAUACUGAAACAAAAAUGUAAGAUUGUGACGUUGCUGACCAACAGAGAAGCACCAAGGUUACAUUUCAAAAACGAGAACCAUUUGGCAUUACCACGGUCAUAUUUAGACGGGUAAUCCAAAUAAAGAUGUCAUCAUUUGGCCCCUUACCUUGAUUUUAUCCCUUUUUAUUCCUUACUUUGAAUUGUAACCGACUGAUCGAUCUUUUUCACUUUGUCUUCUCUGUUGGUCAUCUCGUCGCAACUCCCUCCCAUUCUGUAGCUUCUCGCAGUUCAUAUCUUCAGUAAUUAGACUGUCCCAGAUCUUGUUUUUUGGUAUAAAGUUGUUGGUUUUGUCUUUGCUUACACUCAUUUGGUCUCUUCCAUUUGUAAUCACCAUCUCAUUUGGUGAUGACACGUGUCCUGUGUGGAAGCAUUUGUGUUUCUAUGUGUGAUUUUCAGUAUAAUAGGCCACUUUUGAUAAUAAAACUAUUGGAAGUAUAAAUCUUGUCUUUCUGGGUUUGAGUGGCUUGAGAUGCACUGUACCAUUGCAUGCUAUUCUGUUUAAGAAGGAGCAAUAUGUAGCGUUUUUGUUUUGUCUCAAUUGUUUUAGUGGCUGAUCAAAUGACUGGAUCAAUACGUCACAAUCUGACUGGAAUAACCAUAAUUUUUCUUUCUAUAACACUGUAUGACAUCUUUAUAUAUCUUAUGCUGCUUAUUGCUUUUUAAGUAGUUAGCACAAAUCAGAUUAUAUAUUCAAUGAUAUAAGUUACUAAAGGACCAUCCCAGAAACAUCUUAAGUGCUACAAUCAGCAGUUCACAAUACAAGUGUCUAUGAAUAAUGAUAGGUUGUUGAAUGAUUUUCAUUUAAGUACCAAUUAAAAUAUGGGUUUAAUGUGAUCCCAAACCUGUGAUGCUUAUUUGUACAAAAAAUUUAGUGGCCUAAGAUUUAGACUUCAACUGAUACAGAAAAUCUCAUUACACUGAAACUUAUUCUGAUGCUCAGAAAUAACUGUGAUGGUUGAGGUUAAAAACUAGAAACCAAGUUGAAAAAUGUUUUAUCACUGCGGUCCCAGCAAAAUGCUGCAUAUAGACACUUGUCUACUGAUUUUAAUCAUCCAUUUUAUUUUGUGUAUCUAAUUAUAUGUAUUAGUGGUUUUAGUAUCAGGUGUAGUAACAAAUAUAGGUUUAAAAAAACUAAAGAGGCCUUUAUUUUGUCAGAUGAUAGUAAUGUGUUGAUUCUCUGUUCACUAAAUACUUCUCGAAAUGUCUUGAUUUUUUAUGCAAACAAUAGUAAAAUGCUUUUACAACUA